AUGACAGGAGAAGACCAUAGUAAGAUAGACAACAGCGAAGUGUAUUCCGAAAAGAUUUCUACAGAGAAAUAUAAUGAAAAAGUGAAUCAAGACUUUGACAAAAAGGUUACCAAGGACUUGGAUGAACCUUGGGUUGUAGAUUCUCAAGGAAACAAGCUUGACGAAGAGCAUGCUCCUGCUUAUCUUUAUACUGAAGAUGAUCUGGACAUUGCCAUUAUUAACGAUAUCUCCCUUACCGAAGAUGAUCCCAAUACAAAAGCAUUUACUUUUCGUGCUCUUCUAGUUGGUGCUGUAUGUAUACAUUACUUCACUCAAUCAUGA